UUGCGUGGCGCCUCGAAUCUUUGGAGAACGUAUAGAUCUCGAUUGGCGAACGAUUCGAACGCUUAGGUAUGAUAUAGAGGAAGUAUAUCGUUCAUCGGUGAGUCUUGUUUUCCAGGCAGCCAUCGCGGCUGACAAAAUUCGAAUAAAGCGUUUAGAAAUCAGAAAGAGAAACUAGAAGAAGAAUAAGAAGAAAACGUCGAAUGUGUCGCGGAAGUGGCUUACCCUAAUCGUUUCGAUAUUAGCUAGAUUAUUUCGCUGAGAUUAUGGACCAAGGGCAAAACACCAAAACGAUGAAAAAUUCCGCAGACUAUGUUAAGGCCAUCGAAAGUGGGGUUCAACCGAUUCAGAUGGUCGAGACGAAAGUUUACAAACGACGAUGGCUAAUUCUAAUGAUCUUCGUGGUAUACAGUGCCAGCAACGCUAUGCAAUGGAUCCAAUACAGUAUCAUCGCAAAUAUAGUGUCCAAGUUUUAUAACGUGUCCAGCUUUGCAGUGGACAUGACCAGCAUGAUAUUUAUGAUAACCUACAUUCCAUUCAUUUUUCCAGCGAGUUAUCUCCUCGACAAAUACGGUCUAAGAUGCGCUGCGCUUACAGGAGCGAUCGGGACGACGCUAGGAUCGUGGAUCAAAGCUUUCAGCGUAAGCCCAGAUCUAUUUUGGCUGACUUUUAUCGGGCAGACAAUUGUCGCCGUGAGCCAGACUUUUAUACUGUCGGUUCCAGCACGUUUAGCGGCUGUUUGGUUUGGUCCGGAUCAGGUCAGCAGCGCGUGCAGCAUCGGCGUUUUUGGAAAUCAGUUGGGCAUAGCCAUCGGUUUUCUCUUCCCACCGAUGUUGGUGCCGAAUAACGAAGAUAUCACCUUCAUCGGACGUGGCAUGCAAGUUAUGUUCUACAUUGUGGCCGCUUUUACUACCAUCAUUCUGUGCCUAAUCAUUUUCUUUUUCAAAUCCGAGCCACCGUUGCCACCAAGUCCAGCUCAAGCCGUGCAAAGAGAGUCAGAAAUCACGGAAAGUUUCUUACAAUCGGUGAAGAAAUUGGUCACCAACGUCGGUUACUUGUUGCUCUUGCUGAGUUACGGCAUCAACGUCGGUAUUUUUUACGCCAUCAGUACACUCUUGAACACCAUUGUCCUCCAAUAUUUUCCGCACCACGAGAAAGACGCUGGUAGAAUCGGUUUGACCAUAGUUUGCGCUGGAAUGUUGGGUUCCGUUGUAUGCGGUAUCGUGCUCGAUAAAACGCACAGAUUCAAAGAAACGACACUUGGAGUCUACCUUCUUUCGUUUGUUGGCAUGAUCAUCUUUACGUUCACUCUGAAUACCACUCAAAUAUACGUUAUUUACGUAACAGCUGGUAUAUUGGGUUUUUUCAUGACUGGCUACUUGCCAGUGGGUUUCGAGUUCGCGGCCGAACUGACGUACCCAGAACCGGAAGGUACGUCUGCUGGCCUGUUGAAUGCGGUCUGUCAGGUAUUCGGGAUCGCCUUCACGAUCGCCUACGGCUACUUCCUUCAUCUAUGGGGUGAUUUCUGGGCGAACAUCGCUCUCUGCGUCACCCUGGCCUUCGGUGGGUUCCUCACGACCAUCAUUCCGAACGAUCUUCGAAGACAGAAUGCCAAAUUUUAGAGGAAACCAUCGUGUUCCGUAUCUCGUAUCCGAGGAUCGACGUAAAAAAAAAAGAAAAAAAAAAAACGUAUCGCAUACACGUUUUUCGAAUAGACAUUCCGAGUCGAAAAGUCAACAUAUCAAAGGAACAACAAGUUCGAUUCCUAACGAAUUGUUAAACGUCUCAAAAAAAUUCGAGACAAGAUAGUAUACCCGUAAUAUUAGGAAACCCAAGAGAACUGAAAGUAAGCAGGAUGAACCUAAAGCGCGAAGGGAACACUCGGAAUAGGCGUAAAUUAGUCUUUCGUAAGUUUUAGGAGGAACAAGAAACAGUGAUAUAGAAGAUAAUAAUACAAUAUUUAUAGCCUAGAAAUAGUUCCGAAGAGAUUUCGAGAGUCUGUGCCCCAACUUAUUCGUAUUAUAAAUACAUUUCAAACAGAAAAUUAGAAUAAAUCGUUGAGUCAGUCUUUGGUAAACUAAAGUGUAAACUGAUGCUCGAAGAGUAGAAAACAUAGUUGUUGGUAAACCAUCGUGCUUCCCUAAACUCGUAUCAGAGUUAGAAAUGUAUGCGUCUAUCAAGUGGAUUCAUAGUUUAUAUUGUAUACGAUAGAAUAUCGUUGAAACGUUACAACGAUGACUUGUAGUUACAACACACAUGACUAUACACAGCAGAAUUCCGAACAAAAUUGAACAAUGUUUAUCGCAGACAAUUAUCGAAAAUAAUACCGGAUGUAAAAGGCUAUAAGAGUAUGUGGUUGUAAGUAAGAAAGUUACAUUGUUAACUGCAUACAUUGUUUGUUGCAACGUAUUGUUACGAUUUAAUCUACUCAACAAGUUAUUAAUCUCUAUAUAUUUGGAUAUAAAAAAAUGUUGUAAUAUUUUUUACUUGCCUAGCUACGUUAAUAGAAGGACUGGGCUAUUUUUAUGGACCAUAUUUUCCCGAAUAAUUUUCGAUAAUUCGAUGACCCAGAAACGCCUAAAGUAUGCGAACACUUCCUUCGCUGGCACAGAAAUUUAAUUAUCGAGUCUCGACUAAUAAACUCGUUGAUUAAACUUGAAGCCACGGAAAAUGCGAUUAUCGUGUUACGAGUACACCAUGGCCAAUUUAGAAAUGUCGAUCGAAUGCGAAAUUUUGAUUAUUAAUCUUCGAGAACGAGGCAAAGUAUUUUCUGAGCGGCUGAUAAUUCGCGCAAGCUUUACUUUUAGAUCGCGGAUAACGAUUGCAUCGAUAAGACAGGACAAUAUUCCUAUGUUUCGUGUACGAGUCUAGCGUUAGGAAUGUGCACAAAUCUACCACUUGUGAUUGUUGUAAAUUAUAAUGCGCGUUAUUUCUAGUAACGAGUCUCGUAACGGGCUAGUAACGGGCUCGAUCACGAAAAUAAAGUAUAUUCCAAGACCACCGAGAAAACUAUUAUAAACGUGAUUUUAUAUUCUUCUAUUUCGACGACGAUAAUCAUUAAGGUUUCCAGAAAAAAUGUUACUAAACUUAGUUAGAUGAUUAAUUGUUACGAAUCGAGAAAGAGUUGAACAAUUUAAAUGUUUACGUAUAGAUAUGUGUAUACAUAUAUUGUAUUUUCUGAGAAUCGAUCGAUAUAUCAUAUCAUGUGCGAUACAUGUAUAUGUACAUACUUGUAUACAACAGAAAACUAUAUUCUUGGCAACUGACAGUUGGACAAUGGAAACAGAGGUACAAUUGUAACAAGUUCAAACGUUAAGAUAGCGAUAGUUAUCAUAUUUUGAUGUAACAUAAAGAUGAUAUAUCUAACGUUAUGUAUUGAUCCGAGUCAAAUUUUUACAUUGUAAAAUAAUCUUCGGGAAAUGGAACGUUUCAUCGUUGUUCGUUCGAGAUAGUUUUCUACCAGCGAAGAAAUUUUGGUAGAAAAUGAUAUUUUUAUGACAAAAGUAUUAAUUUGUAGAAAGUUUCUCUCGAGAUAAAAUUCCAGAAGACAUAAACAAAAAUCGCAGAUUACACUGUGAUCUCGUUUAAUUAAUUUUGCUGUAUCAGCAAUGUAUUUAGUUGUACAAUUUUCGUGAAGAAUGCACAAUAGAAUUCGAUUUUUACUGUAUUCUUUCUUUCUUUUUUUUUUUAUAACGAUCGAUCGGGACAUUCCUUCUUUUUCUUCAAAUUCUGUAUACAUGAAAGGAAAGAAUAAAGUAAAAAUUGAAGUGGAACAAUUUUUCCUACCAGUCCAUUGGUCUUCCGCUCUUUUCAAUUGUAUAUUUUUCAACAUUUUUAUCAUGUACGUUGCUCCUCGUCUUUGUAAAUAAAUUGUUGAAGCUA